UGCAAUCAAUAAUGCCACGACCCAUUUAUUUAGUAGGCCUAAUAUUAGAAAAACUAAAGACAGUGCUUAUUUACAAAAAACGCGACUACGUUAACCGCAGCGCUAUAAUAUAAUUUUAAACGGGGAUAUGAAAUGUUUGCAACAUUAUUCAUGUUUAGUGAAUAUCGGAUUCGUAGAUUUAAUCGUCGCCUAUUCCAUUAUUUAUGUUAUUAUUGUUUCAUUUUUUUGGAGGGAACGGUAAGCGCGCGUUCCAUUCCACCGCAAUUCCAUAACAGGAUUUCCUCCUCUGCCCCCUUGAGCGGCUAUCAUUACACCAGCAGAGCCAAAACAAGUCGGGAGGAGAAGGCAUGAAUACAAUGACUGCUGAAAUCAUAAAAGACAUCUCCCAGCCCGACUCACCCGUCUCCUCAGCACCAGAAAACGGACAGCUGCUGUUCAUCCGGAGCGUCGCGUCCAGGAGAGACACGCAGACCACCAGCGGCAGUGCCAACCUCGAGGAGGGCAGCUCCCAGCCCCUGGUCUCCUCCUCAGCCACAGCUCAGCCUCAGUCUUACACCAUGACAUCGGGCGAAUUCAUGCAGUCCACCCCUCUGUUCGUGCAGAGGUCUAAUAAGAACCUGUUCUACAAGAUCCUGUGUUUCCUCGUGCUCGUUCUCCAAGGAGGCAUGCUGGAUUUCUACCUCAUCAUCUUCACGGAUCUCUACUGGUGCUCGUGGAUAGCCACGGAUCUGGUGGUCAUAUCGGGAUGGGCGAUCUUCUUCAUGAAAAACGCCAGGAGUAAGCGGGAACGGGCUUGCGGUUUCCACCAGAAGGGCUCCAUCUUCGGAUGCAACCUCGGGGAGUUCACCUUCGCGUACCUGGCGUGGCUCAUCUACGUGAUCGCGUCCACCCCGAAAGUGGUGCUCGUUCUGGAAACGUCCAUCCUGGAUCUGAUCGCCCUGAAGGUGCCAUUUGGCGUCACGGGGUUUAAAAUAACCAUGCUGCUGUGCGCGCCUUUGCUUUACUGCCUCAUCAACUCCAUCAUUGAAGAUCCCAACGGCGCCACGCGCUUUCACUCCCAAGGAUGCUUCAUGAGCACCUGCUUAGACGUCCUGGACAGCUUCACGCUGGUGGAACUGCUCCUUAAAAACGAAAUCCCCAACAUAUACCUUAGGUACACGGUUAUAUCCGCGUAUUUCGUCGCACUGGGCGUCCCGGUUGUUUGGCUUUACGAGCUGACGGCCUCGGAGAUGAACUGUCGCUGGAUAUGGGCGAGGUUCUUCACCGGCGUGCUGCUCAACGCGCCGCUCUUGGUGGUCAGAUGUUUCCUCGUCUUUGUUUACAAAACGCCCAUAUCGGUUUUCAUGUUCAAGAACAUCUUCUUCUUGGGGUGUAAGUGCCUGGAGCUGGUUGAACAGUGCAUGUCCUUAAGAGGUGUCCGGAGGUUCGCACGUGGACGCGGGGGAAACCCAUCCCAGUUCUCCCACUGCGUUUCCGAAAACGACAUGUGUCCUCACGGCUACGUGAACACGCUGGCUGUCAAUACUCAGUCGUAGACGCUCGUUAGGAACUAGCGUUGACCGGAGGCCACGCAGGCUACUACACAGUGUGCAUCAGCCCUUUUGAGGGGAGGUACUACAGGUGCUAACAUUCCUUUCCUUUUAAUCAGAACACAAACCGAUUGAUAAAAUGUAUUGUGACCAUACUUUGUUAAAAGCACGAAUUGUGAGGAGCGUUCAAAUCGACAGAAGAGCCACGUUUGGUUCCACAAAGAUCAAAGAACCGUCUCUUUCUUAGCUUUUUUUUUUUUUUUUUUAAAUCUGAAGAACCUUCGUAAGCCACAAAGAACCUUUCAGAUGAUAAUGGUUCUUUAUGGAACCCUUUAGACAAGAAAAGGGAAGCACCUUUACUUUUAAGAGUGUAUUUUAGAAGCCUGUGUAGAUAAGAAGCAUUUUCUUUACAACGUCUUAAAUGUUUGCUAACUGAGGCGAAAAAUACCGACAGAAAUGCAGUGUGCAAAAUUAGUUAUCAAUUAGAUUUUCACAGGUGUGCAUAAUAUAACCGGUGAACUCCACGAAAUAAUGUGUAUAUGUGAUUUACUGAGCGGCUGCUAAUUGUCAGACUUGUUUGCAAAGGGUUGUUCAUUUAGCAAAUUGAUAAAACAACUACAUAACCUCCUAACAAUAAGUGAGUUCUGUUUCGAAAAACGAGGUUUAUUAGCUGUUGGCCUAAAUCCAAAAUAUCAUUUGUGUCAGACGUGCCCAAAGUAGCUGAUAUUGCAUUACGCACUUGAUGUUAAGUGAUUCAAUGUUAGGCAAAUCUAAUCAAAAUACUGGCCUACAUUUGUGCCUGUAGUACCUCUCCUUCUGAACGCCCUGUCGUUCUCCUCCACUCUUAACAGGUGCUACAACCAAACCACUCAAUGUGCCAAUGAAAAACAUUCCCACCUGUGACCUCUGCAGUAUAUACUUAAUGUAUCGGGAUGUGACUGUCAACCAGUGCUUAUAUGACUAUACGAGAAUCUUUGAUUUGCACUUGUUUUGUGAGGCACUUUAAUUCAGUGUGAGGACUAUUCAGCCGAGGAGAAGUUAUAAGUGCAAUGUUGUAUAAUUUAUUUUCUAUGUAAAAAUGUCUUUAACUGACGGUAGGCUAAUGUAGACACAUGUUUAUAGUGUUUCCAGACACCUUGUCAAGAGAUGUUCCUAAAUGCACUUGUCAAAAGUGUAAAUAUGCCUUGUGACUUGUUAGGCUUGGUGUACACUUCAAAUUGUGAAUGUGUUGUAGCCCUUUCCUAUUUGAAAUACUUUGUCAGUGGCAAUGGUACUUAGGAAUGGAAAAUUGUGUAUGAUACGGAUUCAUAAUGUUCCUUAAUGUAAUAAUAGGCUACUUUAUAGGCUACUAAGCAUAGAAUCUAUGAGGAUAACUGUAAUCCAUCUUUAAUGACCAAACUCCAUUGCUGGUCCCAACUGGCCAUAUUACCAUCAUCGGUUUGUACAAGGCUACCUCUCUUUACACAACCUCAUGGUUGAAAUCAGUCAGUUUAUCUGCUCAAUUCCAGACGAUAUAUCACUCAUGCCAAUGAAUAAGGUAUGAUUAUCACUAUUAAUGACAUUUUGAUCAAGCACGAAUAUUGUUACAGCGCCGAUAGACAGAUUGCGAAAGGAAACUAUCCAUUCAUCUACAGGCAGUGAAUAUGUUUGAAUCUAAAUAUGUGUAUUUCCAAGCUCAUUAGUUACACUGAGAUUUACACCAGGAAGAAACACGUCGAAUAUAACCAUAUUUCUCGCUCCAGUUGUCCACCUUAAAAGGACAGUUCAUCUAAAAUUGUAAAUUCUAGCAUCAUUUAUGCACCCUCGUGUCAUUUUAAACCCGAAUGACUUGCUUUUGUAUGUCCAAGACGAAAAAAAGACAUUUUAAAGAAUGUUUUUGUGCAUAUAAUGAAAGACAUUGACCUUCAAUGUAAGCACAAAAACAGUUUUUUCUAAAUAACAGGUUAUACCGGGUUUAGAGUGACAUCAGUGUGAGUAAUAUUAAUUUUUCUUUUAACUGUGAGAAGCAAGCUUGUCCUUUCACUUUUAGUUUUAAAACAGAGUAUUAUAUAUGCUAGUCCAAUAUGUAAUUACUAACAAAUGUGCAUCCUAUUCUAACAUAUUAUUACUCUUGUGCUUUGAGGAUUGGGGUACAGGGUGAGCUAAACGUGUUAAAUAUGCAGGCCGAAAGUGCAUUAUGGGAUUUUUGUGCCUCAUUGCGGAGUAUUUAACCUGACGAAUAUAUACCACUGCAUACUACGCAUGUUUUUUAAACUACAGGUUUUAGUGUAUGUACAUAACCUUUUUGAUAAGGAAAGCGACUUCCAACCCCACCUCUCUCGAUUUAUCCACAUAAAUGUUUUACAGAGAAUUUUCUUACAAGGGCUUUAGUUUGCAAGUUAAGUUAUGUUUACAUAAGACAUUAUUUGCACUGCAACAGCUGCAAGGGUCUGGAAGCAUCCUGGUUAAAUUGGUUAAAAAGUAAUUUAAGGUCCAAAGUUGAAUGAAAUUUGAUGCAAGCAAAGUGAUUGUUUAACUAAAUUAGAGUAAUAAGCACACAACAGAAGAUUACCAAAGAAAGCUGCUUCAUAAAUUUUGAAAUUUACUUAUACAAUAUUAUAUAUAUAUACAAACUUGGGUAUAUGGAUAUAGCUGUUAAACUGAAUAAAAAAAUAGUGCAAUAUAAUACAACAAAACAUUUCAUAUGAGCAAUUAAUAUGAAAAAAACAAUACAAAUGUAACAUUGCAAGCCCAAUCAAAUUACUUAGACUUGUGUUCAGUAGCUAAACAUAAGCUUAAAAUCAUGUGAUGUGCUGUUCUAUAUCAAGCUGUUUAACAAGGUACUUGUUCUGCUCCACAGUAAAAGUGAACCGAUCACA